GGGGUGGCCUUUUCUGCACAAGUCUCGCCAGCCCAGUUCCCGGAUGUGGCCACCGGGGCGCCCACCAGCGGACCGGGCAGAGGUGGAGGAGGCCCUGGUGCUGCUGCAGCUCUGGGUGGACCUGGACAUGCUGCUGGUGGCCGCCUGGCAGGAGCUGGUCCGGCACAUGAGUGCGCUACCCGGGGCCCUUGCCCAGCAGCCCCUCAACAGGUGAGCCCCCCUCCUUCCCAGGCCCCAGCCCACCUCUCCUGUGCCCGCCCAGGCUUCGCAGCCUGCAGCUCAGAGCAAGAGCGCCCGGCCGUCCUGGCUGACCUCCCGGUGAAGGCGGGCGCACGGCCCCGGAGGGUGGGGUCUGACCUCUCCCGCCGCAUCUGCCUCUUGCUGACCAGCACCCACCGCAACCUCCUGCUGGACCUGGGCUCCUCGCUGUGCCCACGAACUUGAGGUCGGCCUGGGUGGCUGGGAUGGGCCCCGGAGGGAAGGUUCUCCCUGCAGAAACCCAGCAGGGACAGGCGGCCCGCAGGCGAGUCACGGGACACCCCGGGGGAGCGGGGGGCGCACCCCUGCCUGGGGCUGCUCUAGGGCGAGAAAAGCCGCAGCGGGAGGACGGCCCCGCCCACUCCGUGCAGGUCAGCCGCGAGCGCCGGGUUUAUUCUGUCCAUCUCGGUGACAGGAGCGGCAGCGGCCGCGUGCACGGCGAGUUCAGGAAGGCCCCACCCCAGGC